AUGGACAGCCUGUUCACGGGAUCGGCCCGCGCACGACCACAGAUCAACCUCGGCGGACGACAAGGCGACUCGAACCAACCGGCAUCGCACCUCGACCUCGUCCAGCGCGCGAGGCAGGAGCGCGAGCAGCGCGAGAGGGACAGGAAGAAGGCGGCGGCGGCGCUGUCGAUUCAGGCGUUCUAUCGAGGCAGGAAAGCUGCUCGACAGGCGCGCUCCGGCUUUCGCUCGCAGUUCGACGUCCUCAUUCCCGUUUCGACACCCGCGAACGCUCCUCCUCCUUCUGCGGACAAGGUCCUUGCUGCGUCUCGUCUCCUGGCUAUUGCGUACUCUCCGGGUGAUAAGGAGGACGUCAAGAGGCUCGCGGCAUGGAGCAGGACGGUGUUGAAGACGGCGCAGGGCGGGACAGACAAGACGCCGCUCCUCUUCUCGUUGUAUCGCGUCGAUGCGGAGAGCUGGGUAACGCUGAGUCGGAUGAUCGGGACUCUGCUGUUCACCGAAGCGACCGCAUCUCCUUUACUCCCUCAAUCUCCACUCUUUCUCGAGAUCGCCAAGAUUCUCGCUGAUCCCGCCUCGUACGCCAAGUGGAAGGCGCUGGCGCAAGUACCGAGGGACGGCUUGCUCGCGUACUUGCUCGAGCAGAAGGCGUUUUAUCCUCGGCUUGGGCAGGCGAUCGCCUCUAUCCCGCCCGAACAGCGCUCCCAUCCCUCCCUUUCGGCACUCAUCUCGCUCUCGCUUCUCCCUCUUCGCGCGUACCCUCCACCUGCAUCAACGACACACGCUACAUCUCCCCAGCGUGCCGCCGCUCUCCUCUCUUGCGCACUCUCGAUCCUCACCGUUCCUCUCUUGAUACCCCACCGACUCUCGCCCGCCCUCCUUACGACCCUCACCACAUCCGUCCCCUACUGGGACCUCCUCGCCUCUCUCACAUCCGACGUCGCGCUCCCUCAGCUCGCAGCUCUGUCAGAAGGAGAAACGGCAGUCUUGCUGGCGCAUGUCGUCGAGCUGGGCAAGGCGCGGCUCAAUACCACGACGAAGGGUGCGGGAGGCGUGGAAAACGGGAAACAGGCAUUGGCGUACCUGGAGUGUGUGAGGGGGUUGUUGACGAGGUUGCCGGUUGGGGUGUUUGAGGAGUCGGGCAGGAAGAAGGACAAAGGGAAGGAGCGCGCGAGAUCGAUCGAGGAGGACGGUGGCGACGAUUCGGAUGUGGAUGAGGAGGAGGUAGAACGUGCGAGGGUGGCGGUCGGGACGUCGAGGGACAGGGACGACGAGGGCGAUGCGAUCAUGUCGCCUGCUCCGCCAUCCGUCCCUGCCAUUCCCGCCCGCCUCAAUCUCGACUCGCGCGUUCGCGCGUCUCUCCUCCACAUCGCCUCGCCCGCGCAUGUGGCAACGGUCCUCGCUCUCUCGAACCGCUACUCCGCCUCGACCCGCCCAGCUUUGAGCGGCCUCCUCGUCACCCUUCUCGCGCACCUCUCGUCACCCUCGCUCACUCUCUCGACGGCCCCUUCCUCUUCCUCUUCGCCUUCCUCGCAUAGUCCAUCCCUCCGCGACCAAACCCUCAACGCCCUCCUCUACUCCCCCUCCGCGUCGGGCCUCCUUCGCGAACUCUACCGCGGCUACAUCCGCUCCUCGCCCCUCGGCCGCACCCUCUCCUCCGCCAAGCGCGAGAAGAGCGGCGUCGUUCUCUCCGCCCUCGCAGACGAGAGGUACAAGGACGAAUGGCCGGUCCUGGUGCUCGCGCUCGAAAUGUUCAGCAGAAGUCUCGUUACGAUGGGCGACGACGAGUUCUACUCCAGUGCAGGAGGCGCGUUCGGAGGAGCCGCAACAGGCGGGGCAAAGUCGAGGAACCCGCUCACGCUCGACGAAGUCAUCGGACUGAGCGGGAUGAUUCGGAAUGCUGCAUUCGCGAUGUAUUGGCAGGACGACGGGACGGCCGCAUCGAGCGGGCCGGGAGCGGACAUGGUCGUCGGGACGGGCGGAUGGAAGAGGGAGGACGUCAGGGCUUUGAUGACGAGGUUCUUGCAGCAGGUUCACGCGAGGGAUUCGAGAAGGCAGUUCACGCCCGAGGGACACUGGCAUAUGACCGGUGCGAUAGACAUGCGCAGCUUUGUCGAGACGGCAGUCUAUGAGGACAACCGCCUCGACAACGAGGGCGAAGGACCGGACGACCAGCCCGCUCUGCAUGGCCCGAUCUCGCCUGAGGACGAAGAGGACCAUUACGCCAAUAACGACUUCCGACGACGUUUGGGAAUGCGGGGUCAGAUCCACAGGUCCGCUCGCGGUCAGCCCGCACCGCGCACCCGCUCCUCCGUCCUCUCGAAGCGCCAGCUCGCCCUCAUCUCGCCUCGCCUCGGUAUCCUCAACAACAUCCCCUUCGUCGUACCUUUCGAGACGCGCGUCGCCAUCUUCCGCCAAUUCAUCGACAAAGACUUUGCGAAGCUUGGUUUGGGCGACGCGACUUCGUAUGCGGCGAGGUCGAGGCACAGGGCCGUGGUCAGGCGGACGCACCUUGCCGAGGACGCUUACACGCACAUGAAUGGGCUCGGACCGGAGCUGAAGAAGCGCAUCGAGAUCGUCUUUAUCGACGAGCACGGGAUGGAGGAGAGCGGCAUCGAUGGUGGUGGCCUGUUCAAGGAGCUCCUGACGAGCCUCUCGAAGGAAGUCUUCGACACGAACCGCGGAUUGUGGCUCGCGACGUCCGAGCAGGAGAUCUACCCGAAUCCGCAUGCGUAUGCCAAGGAAUCGACGCAGCUCUCGUGGUUCACGUUCGUCGGCAGGAUCCUCGGCAAGGCCAUCUACUCGGGCAUCCUUGUCAACGUCAAGUUUGCCAACUUCUUCCUUGCGAAGUGGCUUGGACGGCAGAGCUACCUCGACGAUCUCGCUUCUCUCGACCCGGAGCUGUACAACGGCUUGCUCAAGCUGAAGAAUUACCCCGGCAAUGUUGAGGAGGACCUCGCGCUCAACUUUACCAUCACCGAAGAAGACUUUGGCGUCUCCCGCUCGAUCGACCUCAUCCCCGGCGGUUCCGAGAUCCCCGUCACGAACGACAACCGCAUGCAGUACAUCGUUCUCGUCAGCAACUACCGCCUCAACGUUCAGAUCGCGCCGCAAUGCCGCGCGUUCUACCAGGGCUUGUUCGAGAUCAUCAACCCGCGCUGGCUGCACAUGUUCAACCAGUCCGAGCUGGCAGUCCUUGUCGGCGGCACGGAGGAGGCCAUCGACAUCGAGGAUCUCAAGGCCAACACCGUCUACAGCGGCUUCGCCGAGGAGGAGAACACGCCGACCAUCCGCGCCUUCUGGGACGUCGUCGAGUCGUUCGACAAGGACCAGCGCGCCAAGCUCGUCAAGUUUGUCACGUCGUGCGAGCGCCCACCCCUCCUCGGCUUUGGGCAGCUCAACCCGAAGUUCGCGAUCCGCAACGCUGGCGGUGACCAGACGAGGUUGCCCACGAGCGCGACCUGCGUCAACCUUCUCAAGCUACCGGACUACCAGGACCCGAACAACCUGCGCGAGAAGCUCAUCUAUGCGAUCAAUUCGGGCGCCGGCUUCGACCUUUCCUGA